CGAUAGUUCCUUUUGUUCCGCCUUACCCCAGAUCCGAAAGUUUGUCUCCUUUCCUCCUUCCCUUGGACAGCUCUCGUCGCUCUGUCCUACCGCGAUGAUCCAAUGUCCUCGUGGACUUCCGCCCUCUCUCGCGCCAAUCGCCUACGUUCAAGGCUUUCAGCCCUCCAUGUUGUUACGAUUGGCGCCAUAAUCAGUCUCUCCUACCUCUUCUACACCUUCGCCGUUCCCCAACUGAAUCGACUGAGGCUUCGCGCGGAUCUGAGUUGGUAUGAUCUGGGCCUGUACGGUUUUGGUCCCUCGAAAAGCUACGUCUCCUUCGAAUAUGAAUCUCCCGCGGUACAAAUCUCAGAAUGGGAGUCGGGCUGCGACUCGCGAUAUACCUUUCUAGCCCCUAGGGGUGACUCGGUGGCCCAGCCGGGGCCUAUGAUCCUUGACUCCAGGGGGGAGCUGGUGUGGAUGAAAUACAACUGGGACGUGACUCAGGACUUCAAGGUCCAGCGAUAUCAGGACACAGACUAUCUGACAUACUGGGAAGGUGGUGAAACCGAAGGCCGAGGCUAUGGGGCCUGGUAUAUGCUGGAUUCGACAUAUACCCAACGAUAUGUGAUUUCUCCGGUAGGAAAUUAUGGUGGCGAUCUCCAUGAAUUCCACAUCACUCUCGAAGGAACGGCUCUCGUUACGAUAUACGAUCCAGUACCGGCCGACUUGACUCCUGUUGGUGGCCCCGAAUUAGGCUGGAUAUAUGACGGCGUCUUCCAGGAAAUAGAUAUCGCUACGGGCGAGCUGAUCUUCGAAUGGCGCGCAUCGAAGCAUUAUCCCAUAAAUACCACAUACGAGCACCUGGGCAAGUCGGGACGAGUGCGCGGGUAUGCGUUUGACUUCUACCACAUCAAUAGCGUGGACAAGGAUGACAAUGGGAAUUAUAUCGUCUCGGCACGCCAUACCCAUACCGUGAGCUGCAUAGACAAGGACACUGGUGAAGUAUUAUGGACCUUGGGCGGAAAGCUGAAUGAGUUCCACGAUCUUUCAGAUGGUCAGGCCACCAACUUCGCCUGGCAGCAUGAUGCACGGUGGCACGCCAACAGUACCUUGACCCUUUUCGACAAUGCAUCACAUUCGAACGAUGAUCCAGAUAACCAAAGUCGCGGUGUCGUCAUCGAACUUGAUCUUGCCGCUCGCCAGGCGUCAUUGCGCGCUGAGUACUUUCAUCCUCAGCAAAUGCGAUCCUUGUCACAAGGAAACGUCCAAGUUCUGGACGAUAGUGGCCGAGUUCUAGUCGAGUGGGGCCAUAGCGCUGCAUUCAGUGAGUUCAGUGCCGACGGACAAUUGCUGUGCAACACUCAUUUCGGUGCCUCUGCCUUCUUCGGGUUUGGCAGAGUGGUAUCUUAUCGUGCCUAUAAGGGCACCUGGGUUGGCCGACCGCAGACGGUCCCCGACGCCGAAGUACUAGGAAACCACGUGUAUGUGAGCUGGAACGGUGCAACAGAGGUUGUUGCUUGGCGACUGGAAGUCUGGGACUCGGAUGACUUGAAUGACAAUACGUUCCGUGUUGUGUCCCAGUUCCAGAAAGAUGGCUUCGAGACUGAGAUCGAAAUACCCGAGGGUCUCGAGCUUCCUUUGUUCCGCUUAGCGGCAUUAGAUUCCGAUGGUAAUGUUCUAGGCGCCACGGAACUGCUCCAGCGAGAGCAGGGUGGAAGCUUUGAGCAAGUCAUGAACCCUCAGUACUGGUUUAUUGUCAUGGCCUUUGUCAUCAGUGGAGUUGGCUUGUUUGUUGGUCUCUAUACGUGCUGUGGCUGGGGCCGUUAUUUCCGUCGGUGUCGCUCACGGUCCAGCGAGUACCAAUUGGUUGCCUUUAGCGACAGCGAUGGCUCUGUUUGAUGUGCGGAUCGGAUAUGACAGGCCGCUCCGUUGUAUAUAUCUGUCUCAAUCUGUAUAUAUGAUACCCUCAUUCCAAAAUGUCAUUGGG